AUGCUGGUGCCGCCUCUGGUGAGCAAGCGGUGCAACCUUGACAAGGGCGAGGGCAGUUCGUCGAGCGUGCCCGACGCCGACGAGCGGCGGCGGGAGCACACGCGCAUGGCCCAGCGACGGUAUCGGAUCCGCAAGCGGCAGGAGACCGACGCCGAGCGCGAUCGCCUCGAUGAGGAUACGACGCCGCGCUGGUUUGCGCCCGACCCAGAGGCCUUUCUCGACGCGCGCAAGCACCCCCCUCCCCCCCGUGUCAGCCUGUCGGACGCCGUAGCGUCGGGCGUGCUGAACAACACGCAAAUCUUCACCACGUCCGAGUCCAUGUGGGCCGCAUACUAA